UGCGGCCUCUGCCUUGCAUCGCAAGAAGCUCGAGUCGCGAGCCUUUUAUAGUCGCACCGGCGGACCCAAAGAACCCAACGAAGCGUCCGCCGUCGCUGCCCGCUCUUACUCUUGUUUCUUCCCGGCCCUCUCAGAUCCGUUGAGAUGUUCCUCACCAGGACCGAGUACGAUCGAGGAGUCAACACCUUCUCCCCCGAGGGAAGGUUGUUCCAGGUCGAGUACGCCAUCGAGGCCAUCAAGUUGGGCUCGACCGCCAUCGGGUUGAGGACGAAGGAAGGCGUUGUGCUCGCGGUGGAGAAGCGUGUGACAUCGCCCUUGCUGGAACCAAGCAGUGUUGAGAAGAUUAUGGAGAUUGAUGAGCACAUUGGUUGUGCAAUGAGUGGAUUGAUAGCUGAUGCACGGACUCUUGUAGAACAUGCUCGUGUUGAAACUCAGAAUCACAGGUUUUCAUAUGGUGAGCCAAUGACGGUCGAGUCAACUACCCAAGCACUGUGUGAUCUUGCUCUUCGAUUUGGUGAAGGAGAUGAAGAAUCCAUGUCACGACCUUUUGGAGUCUCUCUUCUGAUUGCUGGUCAUGAUGAGAAUGGACCCAGCUUGUACUACACAGAUCCGUCUGGUACAUUCUGGCAGUGUAAUGCAAAAGCAAUCGGGUCAGGAUCCGAAGGAGCUGAUAGCUCUCUACAAGAGCAGUACAACAAGGACUUAACCCUUCAAGAAGCUGAAACUAUUGCUCUUUCCAUCUUGAAGCAAGUCAUGGAGGAAAAGGUGACCCCAAACAACGUUGACAUUGCAAAGGUUUCUCCUACUUAUCAUCUGUACACACCCACUGAGGUUGAAGCUGUAAUUGCUCGCUUAUGAAUGCCGUGCUUGUCAUCCAUACACACCUUCUGAGCUCGGGGUUGUCGAUCACUUGCUUAUGAAUGUUUUGAAUACUCUGUUAAUUCUAUUUAGCAUUUAAACGAUAACUUAGUCGGACCUCAACUCGAUUUUUCUACUUUA